GGCCAAAACGAGCGUUGGGAUGCGCAGGACUGAGCACCUCUAUCACGAUGGACAUUGGAUGGAUUUAAUUCCGUCAUAACAGUGCAAUAUAUGUUCAUUAGAAACUGUUUUGUUACAAAUCUGAAGAGGGAAAUAUGCAGGCGCCAUUAUGGUUCAGCACUCUGGACAGCGCACCCGAGUGCCUGAUCCGACUUAUUACUGGAGUUAUUUUUAUCUCUACGUGUUUAACAGACGAAGGAUCAUGCAACUGAUAACUUAUUCACCACAAACGGGGGAAAAUACAUCGCAAAAGGACUUCUGAAGUGAGAAAUGGACUUUGCGGAAAUUCUGUUUGCUUUGUGCAUCGUUGUGAUUGUGAUUGUUUCUUUGUUGUCGAACUUACUGGUGUUGGUAUGUUUCAUUCACAGCAGCGAAAUACGGCGCCAGGUGCCAGGGGUCUUUACCAUGAACUUGUCAUUUUGCAACAUACUGAUUUCUGUCCUGAAUAUGCCGUCCACUUUAGUUGGGAUUGUAAAGCACCAGCAGCCUUUUGGGCACUGCCUCUGUCGCACGCUCAGCUUUCUGGAUACCUUUUUGACAGCCAACAGCAUGCUGAGCAUGGCAGCACUCAGUAUAGACCGCUGGAUCGCCGUGGUUUUUCCGUUGAGUUACUCCAGCAAAAUGCGCUAUCGGGACGCGCUGGUCAUCGUGUGUUAUUCGUGGCUCCACUCGUUCACAUUUUCACUCAUUCCGCUGCUUUUUUCCUGGUUUGACUACAGUCCCAUUUACGCAUCCUGCACGUUGCAUUUGAGCCAGGAGAGCGCACGGAUUCAGUUUACUGUGUUUACCAUCGUCUUUCAUGCCACCAGCUUCAUGCUCUCGCUCGUGAUUUUGUGCGUUACAUACUUAAAGGUUUUAAAAGUUGCACGUUUUCACUGCAAGAGGAUUGACAUUAUAACCAUGCAGACCCUCUUCUUACUGGUAGAUAUUCAUCCAAGUGUUAAGCAGCGCUGUAUUGCUGAACAAAAGAGGAGGAAACAGCGCGCUACUAAGAAGAUUAGCAUUUUCAUUGGCUCUUUCAUCAUCUGUUUCGCCCCUUAUGUCAUCACAAGGUUGACGGAGCUGCUUCCCUUUGUAGAUGUCAAUCGGUAUUGGGGUAUUGUCAGCAAGUGUUUAACAUACAGCAAGGCAGCUUCAGAUCCAUUUGCCUACUCCCUCCUGCGGCAGCAGUACAAGAAGGUGUUGGUAACAGUGUCCAAUCGCUUGUUGAAGCGUGAUUUAUACCCUUCCUCUGGACACAGCAGCUCUAUGGACACAGAGAAUGACUACAGUCUUCAGAGAAUCAGCUAAACGUGAAAAAUGUGAAUGACCAAUUCUUUGAUUUGAAAGGUCUGUGUGAAUUCCAAGUGUGUGUGUGUGCACUUGUACAGCUGUUUUUGUGAGGCAGUAGGGUUGGUUUGAGUUUUAGAAAGUUAAGACAUUUUAACCGGUCCUCACUUUCUGAGACCCCUUUAAAGACCUGUUUGAGGGUCCAGACUUGGUUUUAGGGAUCAGGUUAUAAUUGGGUAAAGGUUAGGUUUAGGGUGAGUGUUUGGGUGAGGCACUAAGACCAAAAUGACAAGUAAGUUGUGCUAACCUAAAUCCAAGUUGAAACAACCUAAAUCCAAGUUGAAACAACAUAAAUUUAGUGAGACCAACAAAUGUUUAGUUGUUUAACCAUUUAACCAUUUAACCAUUUAACCAAGUUGUGCAAACUGAAUGAAAAUUGGCUCAACUAAGCAUUUUGUUAAAUCAACUUAUAUUUUUAAGGUAGCCAGGUUACUCUUUCAAGAAUAGUUCAUCUUACUUGUUGUUACGUUCAUUCAACUGGCUGAACUAUGCAAUUUGCCCACACAACUAAGUUUAAAUUUAUAAUUACAAGUUGUAUAAACUGAAUAAAAAAAUGGCUAAACUAAGCAUUUUGUUGAAUGAACUCAUAUUUUUAAGGCAGCCAGGUUACUUUUUCAAGAAUAGGUUAUCUUACUUGUAAUGUUAAGUUCAUUUAGCUGGCUGAACUAUGCAAUUUGCCUAUACAACUUAGUUUAAAUUUAUAAUCAUAAGUUGUGCAAACUAAAUAAAAAUUGGCUAAACUAAGCAUUUUGCUGAAUCAACUUACAUUUUUAAGGCAGCCAGGUUACUUUUUCAAGAAAAGUUCAUCUUACUUGUAAUGUUAAGUUCAUUCAGCUGGAUGAACUAUGUAAUUUGCCCAUACAACUCAAGUUUCUAUUUACAACAGUAUUGCAGAAAAUAGCCUCGUGGACACUGAAGAACAUGCAGAAGGAUAUUUUAUUUGAAUUCAAAAUAGACAGCCUCCUACUUAGUAUUACUGUGUUUAGUAUUAAAACAACCUAACUUUAAAAAACAUAGAUGAACAUUCACAUUUCAGUUCUGUGUGACAACUGCAGUAAAUUUUUACAUUCCUUUCACUAAUGCACAUUUAAUCAAAAGAACAGAUUAGGGAUUUUAAAUUUCCCAGCUCAAUAUAAGUCAGAGUUCAGGACAUGCAUUAAAGUACAUAAUUUUAUUUUAUUUUAAUUUUUUUUAAAAGAGAAAUAAAAAGAGAAAAAAAAAAGUGUUUUGUACAAAGUGCAAAAACCAACAACAACAACAACAACAACAACAACAACAAAAAAACAAAAUCAAACAAACAAACAAAAAACAGCCUACUUCUUGCAGAGUAGCAUGUUGCGUAGCCUGUAACAACACUAAGAACAGCUGCUCCCACCAAUGUUCAUGAAAAAUGU